CGAAUUCCGACAUGCCGGGCACUCCGGAAGCCUAGUACGCGCCAGCCCCGGGGUGGAACUCUUUGGUCUUUGUCAGACUCCCGCUUACUGUUGCCAACUUUUGCUUACUGUCGCGGGGUUCUUACUGGCACCGAUAAAGCUGUGACAGGCUUUAAAAAGUCGGUAGGACUACUUACCUAGACUCGAACGAAACGCCAUGGUUGCCUACAAAGCUCCAGAAAAUGCCUCUCCUCAAAUGCAAGCCUUCACUGCAUACAUCAACGCUGUUGCAGCGUUCGAUAGUGAGGGCGUCUCGGCAAACUUAGAUGACGAGGCAUUUGAGUUCAACCUCCUUCCUCAAGCAAUGGCUAUCUCGAAACUGAAGAAGCAGGAAUUUGUUGCCUUUCUUCAAGCGACAAUUUUUGGUUGGUUUAUUAAUAGUGAUUUUUCUGUGAUAGUUCAUGAGAUUAUAGAAGCUGGUGAUGCGCUUACAGCACAUGUCCAAUCGGAUGGCGUCUCCAAGCUCGGUACGCCAUGGAACAACGAAUAUAUCUUGAUGUUGCGAUUCGUGCCAUCAAAGACGCCGGGUGAGCUGCCAAAGAUCGGCAUGUAUAAGGAAUUUUUGAAUUCAGCUUUUGUUCGUGAUUUCAAAACUGAGGAGAAAAAAAGAGAGGCGAAGGAGUGAAUGCUUAUACACAGUUAUCCAGACGACGGCCUGCGACCUUUCAUGUAGUAUUGAUAAAAUAAUUGUCCGACAUGAUGCUUCAACUGUCUUUCCC